CCUCGGCGCUGCUAGAUCACCGACGCUGCGGCCCCUGAUUGCGUUACAAGCGUAGAAGUGCGAUAGCAGUGCCGCAGAUCAUUGUUCACAGCCUCCCGAGCGAGCGCGCUUGCUGCCGUGACCUCCUCAGCAAGGCCGCCCAAAAGCACACGCGCUGACCGCGAGCGCCUCGCGCGGCCGCGGCGAGCCCGUCGAACCCGCAGCGACGUCGCCGUAACCACAGCGCACACGUGCGCAAGUCUCGCCCGACGAAACUGCCGCAGCCGACCCGCCGCCCGACGCGCGUUCCGCGGCCGCCGUAACCACAGCACACAUGCGCACGUGCUCGACGAAACUGCACAGCCGACCCGACAAACAAAGCGCGUUCCGCGCAGGUCUACACCACACCUAGAGAAGCGGCGGUAAGAACAGGGCACCAUGUCGACGGAGACGUGCCCCACGAGCGCGCCCUUCUUCGGCUUCAUGGGCGUCACGUCGGCCCUAGUCUUCGCGAACAUCGGCGCGGCCUACGGCACGGCCAAGUCCGGCGUCGGCAUCGCGUCGAUGGGCGUCAUGAAUCCUGGAUUAGUGAUGCGGAACAUCAUCCCCGUGGUCAUGGCCGGCGUCCUGGGCAUCUACGGGCUCAUCGUGGCCGUCAUCCUCCAGGGGUCGAUUUCGAAGCCGGAGGAGGCGAACGGCGCCUUCACGACCAAGUUCUCCUCCUUCUCGGGCUACGCCUACCUCUCGGCGGGCCUCUGCUGCGGUUUAUCUGGAUUAGCGGCGGGCAUGGCGAUCGGCGUCGUCGGCGACGCGGGCGUGCGCGCGGUCGGCCAGCAGGAGAAGCUGUUCGUCGGCAUGAUCCUCAUCCUCAUCUUCGCGGAGGCCCUCGGGCUGUACGGGUUGAUCGUCGCGCUCAUCCUCUCGCAGCAGUCGGCCGAGUGCACGGCCUAG